CACCAAAAUGCUGAUAAAUCAAAUUGCACAAAUCCUAACAAAUCCUGAGAUAUUUCCUAUUUAAUAUUCGCACUUUUUUAUAUAUCUCCGUAGAGUUUUUUUUUUUUUUUUUUUUUAGUUUUUAUUAUUUAGUUUAUUGUUUUAUUUAUUCAUCAGUUCAUUCAAAGGCUGAACUGAGUAAAUGUGUCAAGAGUGGUUUCUUUACCCACUGUCUCCAUUAGAGGGCGUUCAGUCAGCCCGGACUGAGUAGAAGCAUUGGGUGCAGUAGGAUUACACCAGUUAAAAAAACACAUUUGGGUCACGUCAAAGGAACCAGCACUAAUAUUAGAGGCUGCUGCUUUCAGAAGAGCUGCCAAGCAGCGCCGCAUAAAGGCAUCUUAGCCAGGGGAUAGUCUGUCACAAGGACUGGAAAGCCAGGUUUUUCACGGGUGACAUUUAACGUCACACGCGUUGUCAAGACGGAGGGGCUUCUCCGUGCGUAACGCAGAUACGCUGGAUCCACACUCCUCAAACCAUGAGUACUUGCAAGUGUGUAAUUUGAAGGCGACAUAUGCACUCUUCUGCAGAUAUGUCUUUCUUAACCAUACCAAGCCAAGAGGGCCUUUUCAAAACGAUUAAAACCAGCAAGUCGGCCGGAGAGGCGGAGGGUCAUUCACGCACGGACGCCGCUGAGAAAAACGACGAUGAGGAGGAUGAUGAGGACGAUGAUGACACCGAUGAUGUCCGGUUCAUCCCCAGGUGUUCCCCGGUGCCCAGAAAGCGGGGCGCGUCCAUCUUCGACGAGACAGCCGAGUACAUGCGGAUCCACCAGGCGCUCUCUGCAGGAAAGCGGGUCUCGUUCGCCGACACAACAGGUGGAGACCUGGUGGAUGUGCGCGAAUUCGUAGCCUUCGACUCGGACGAGGAAGACACCGCAAAGUGGCAGGAGGAGGAGGCGAAAUACCGCAAAGCAGAGCGGGAGCCGACCUAUCGAGUGCACCCGGAGUUCCACGUUCCCAGCGGCGGCGUCCUGCUACAGGCUGUGCGCUCCAACAAAGUGGAAGUUGAACGGAUAUCCCCAUUAGAGGACGAGCCGCUUGCAUUCAGUGGAGUAAUUCGAGUCCUGAACAUCUCCUUCCACAAAGCGGUGUACAUCAGAUCAACCAUGGACAGCUGGGGCACUUACUUUGAUCACCCUGCAGAGUACGUGUUUGGAUCUAACGUCGACAACACUGAUCAGUUCUCCUUUAAGCUGUCUUUUGCACCACCGUACACCACGCACGGCUCACGCAUUGAGUUUGUCGUGCGCUAUGAAACCUCGGUUGGUGAUUACUGGGCCAAUAACCUUUCCAGGAAUUACGCUGUGACGCUGCUUUUGUCCUAUGAAGAUGAUACAGCCCAGACCAGCACUGAUAUGGCACAAAAAAGAAGCAUCCUGAAGAGUCCGAAAGUCUACAGCCUGACAUCAGAGGAAGAUCAGCAGGAAGGAGAAGAGGAACCAGAGAGUUUAACAGCAGAACUAGUCAGGCCAUCAGCUGCGUGUCCAGUCAUCAUUCAUCCUGAGAUCGAUGUGGAGAAACCCGUUCAUCAGUCCGGUCCCUCCGCCACAUCUCAACACAGGCCACUAUCUACCGGCGCCACACUGUCCACACCUGCUGCACCUUCAGCAUCCUCCAAACCCGACCUUCAGUCCAAUUCUGCCUUUGCACUCAAACCAGAUAAGUCUCAGCCUUCGCAUUUACUCCACCGGGUGCGCGAGAAAGAAACACCAGAGCAGUCUGUGCACAGCCGUCCCGCUGCGUCGCCGUCUCCCUCACGUCCUUCAUCUCAAGAACCCGAACAGAGAUCAGACGAGUCUCAGGCUGACAGAGUGGAAACUCUUCCUCGCUUCUGUCCUCUGUCAGCAGCAGGAGACAAGCGCAUGGCUGCUGAGUGUGUCUCCUGUUCCAGUCUGAUGGAAGAAGUCCUUGUACAAUUCAGCCAACAAGAAAGGCUUUUAGAAAUGUCCACAAAAUCUGCAGAACGUCAGGCAGACAGAAGACCUGCAGCUGAGACUCGUGCAUUUUUGGAAGAGGAGGAUGAAGAUAGACCCUCAGCGAACGCCGCUGAGCCGAGCCAAGACGCCGCUCCUCACUCUGCCUCAUUCGACGAUCCACUAGGCCUGAUGUCUGAAGACGAAGACUACAGCAUCGAUCUAAAGCCGUACAUCUUCUUGCUGGGUGUUUCCCUCUCUCUGGUGUGGUGGAAACUCGUUAGUAGAGGGUAGAGAAGCUGCUCAAUAAACCGGAGAAGGAGCCA